GUGGUUACAGCUUUGCUGCCUGUGAUUUCUGUGACCUGACAGAGUCCUUGGCCAAGUAACAUAUAUUUUGCUCUCUUAUAAUAAAUAGUUAAACUUAGAAGUUGUUUGUCUUUUCUGGAAUUUUGAACACAACAGGAGAUCCCUCUAAAUGUGGUCGGACUCUAGGCUUGAAUGUGUUUUUAGCACCGGCGAUUUAUGAAGAGAUUCCUCUGGAUUCUGUCGGAUUAGACUUUUCAUGUCACAACUGAAGAGGGCAGUUGAAGUUAGAAUUUAGUGUAAGAAAUGUAAAACUGUGAAUUGAGGUUUUAUAUUAGUAAUUUACCACAGCAUGAUAUAUUUUUGUAUGAUUGUCAUAUUGUAACGAGAGAAGGUAAAAACCCUAUAUAAGUGUGUACCAUUUUCUUCAAAUAAAAUCCUUCUACCUUUUUGGAUUGGGGUAACUUAAAGAAAUCUGCACUCUCCUCUCCUGCUUUAAGGUACACACUGGAUGCAGGAGAUUGUCCCUCUGAUCAUGAGUGGAGGAGAUCCAGCACCUGUUGACACGAUUGUUAACUGGAAACGUGUUCCCUGGCUUGAAUUGCAGCAGACUGCCUCCCUCGAACUUGAACAGAGGCCCUCUCCACGACUGUUGACUACACACUUCCAGUACAACAUGAUGCCACCAUCUUUCUUUGAAGUAAAGCCAAAGGUCAUCUAUGUGACGAGGAACCCCAAAGAUGUGUUCACAUCGUCUUUUCAUCAUCAUGAGGCGGCUUCCUUCCUGGUGGACCCAGGCCCACAGACCCAGUUCCUCCACAAGUUCCUUGAUGGAAAAGUUCUGUUUGGCUCGUGGUUUGAUCAUGUGAAGAGCUGGCUGAAUGCUGCAGAUGAAGAGCACAUCAUGCACAUCUCCUAUGAACAGAUGAUAAUGGACCUGAAGGACUCUGUGGGCAACAUGGCUCAGUUCCUGCAGAAACCUCUGGACCAUGAAGCGAUAGAGAAGAUAGCCGACCGAUGUUUGUUCAAGAACAUGAAGAAGAACAACAUGUCAAACCUCUCUACUGUUCCUCGUGAAUUAAUGGACCAGACAAAGUCUGAGUUUCUCAGGAAAGGAAUUGUUGGAGACUGGAAAAACCAGCUAACCCCGGCAGAUGCAGCGUACUUUGACGCUGUUUACAAAGACAAGAUGAAAGAUGUCAAACAUACAUUUGCAUGGGAUUAAAUGGGAACACUUUAACAUUGCCUCCUGCAGCAUACCAUGGUUCUCAGAAAUGAAUAAGCCAUUUCUUAAUCACAACAAAUGGUUUGGUUAAUGAGGUUUGUGGCAGCAGAAUUGGAGAAACACAAACAAACGUUCUUUAACUCCUCUUGAUAGAUUAAACUGUGUUAUCGUUUUCAUAGACAGACCAUCAGAAUCAAAGAUGAUGUGUUUGAAGAACUAGCUUCUUGAUUUGUUCAUAUAACACUGCCUUAACAGAGUUGUUGUUGUGUGACCUGAGGUGUUCACCUUGGCUGGUUUGUGUUAUGGCCAAACCGAUUAUUGAUGUACCAUAAGUCAUGUAUUAUUUCACUUUAUGCAUCACCAGGCUGCAUGUUUGAUAUGAAACAUUCAGCCUUCAGUUGAACUAGUAACAAAUAAACCCAAUGAGCCUCAGGUGAACUUACUUGCAUAAGUUACAGACAUGCUGACUGCAGUGGGACUCGAACUUGCUAUCCCCUGAUUUGAAGUUCAGCACACUACCCACUGAGCCAUGUUAAUACGUAACAAUGCAAAUGUGAUAUCAGACACAAUCAUACUAAAACCUUAAAGCAACAUGAACCUGCUUGCCUUAUUGUGA